CAGCUCACGAAUAGUAUGUUUACCAAAACUCUUACCGGAAAACAUCGCCUUUCUCCCUCACAGUAAAAAAAAGGCCAAAAACGGAAAGCAACGACGCAAAUAUCUUUCUGGCUUCGAUAUUUCUAUUGCCUUGAAAGAAUAUAACGAUAUUUCUUCUGCUUGCUCGCUCCUCCCAGGUCUUCCAUGGGUUGAAAUCUCUGACUAGGGUUUGAGGCGGGAGCUCUCUAUGGAGUGGGACAGCGAUCUGGAUGAUCCCAGUAGUGGCGAGGACGAGGCAGAGGCAGAGGAGGUGGGGGCAGCGUUUCUACUGAAUGGCAGCAACGUGCCGUUGUCAGCUGCAGUUGAAAGCGCGCUAGGGUCGGCGCCGUCGUCCUACGGGUUGGUGGUGUCAGAUGCGCUCGAGCCCGAUCAGCCGAUCAUCUAUGUCAACGAGGGGUUCGAGAAGGCAACAGGCUACCUUGCCGAGGAGGUGCUCGGCAGGAACUGUCGGUUUCUACAAUGCAGGGGACCAUUUGCUCAAAGGAGGCAUCCGUUGGUGGAUUCUAGAGUGGUAUCUGAAAUUAGAAAAUGUCUUGAAAAUGGCACAGUUUUCCAGGGCGAUCUAUUGAAUUUUAGGAAGGAUGGGUCUCCAUUGAUGAACAGGCUACAGCUAACACCAAUUUAUGAGGAUAAUGAAACCACUCAUUUUCUUGGCAUUCAAGUUUUCACUGAAGCCAAUGUUGAUUUAGGUCCUUUGCCAGGCAUCUUAAAGAAAGAAAGUAUGAGACCCAUCAGUCGUUCCACACACGAGCAUUCAAUUUAUCGUCCCAUCGCAGCUGUGCACGGAAACAUCUGUCGUGAAUUUUAUGGUAUGUUUCAGCUUAGUGAUGAGGUCUUGUGUCAGAAGAUCCUUUCACGGUUGUCCCCCAGAGACAUUGCUUCUGUUGGUUCUGUGUGCAAAAGGCUCUACUUCCUUUCAAAGGAUGAGGAUCUUUGGAGAAUGGUUUGCCAGAAUGCAUGGGGAAGUGAAACAACUCGUGCUUUAGAAACUGUGCCUGGAGCAAAAAGAUUAGGCUGGGGAAGGCUUGCGAGGGAACUAACCACGCUUGAAGCUGUAGCAUGGAGAAGAUUAACGGUUGGUGGUGCAGUGGAGCCAUCUCGAUGCAACUUUAGCGCAUGUGCUGUGGGAAAUCGUGUGGUUCUUUUUGGCGGGGAAGGAGUGAACAUGCAACCAAUGAACGACACCUUUGUGUUAGAUCUGAACUCCAGCAAUCCAGAGUGGAGGCAUGUCAAAGUAAGCUCACCUCCACCUGGACGAUGGGGCCAUACUCUGUCUUGCCUAAAUGGGUCGUGGCUGGUAGUUUUUGGUGGCUGUGGAAGACAAGGCCUGCUCAACGAUGUCUUCAUCUUAGACUUGGAUGCAAAGCAUCCCGCAUGGAGGGAGAUCCCUGGACUUGCUCCUCCGCUCCCAAGGUCAUGGCACAGCUCAUGCACUCUGGAUGGAACAAAGCUGGUUGUUUCUGGCGGGUGUGCAGACUCAGGCGUGCUUCUCAGCGAUACAUUUUUAUUAGACCUCAUGAUGGAGAAACCUGUAUGGAGAGAAAUACCUGUCUCAUGGUCACCUCCUUCCAGGCUAGGCCACUCCCUUUCUGUAUAUGAUGGUGGCAAGAUAUUGAUGUUUGGUGGUCUCGCUAAGAGUGGGCCACUACGGCUGCGGUCUAGUGAUGUCUUCACUAUGGAUCUAAGCGAAGACGAACCACGGUGGAGGUAUAUAACUGGAAGUGGAAUGCCGGGUGCUGGUAAUCCUGCUGGGGUUGGUCCGCCGCCUCGGCUUGAUCAUGUUGCGGUGAGCUUGCCUGGUGGAAGAAUUCUGAUCUUUGGCGGCUCAGUGGCUGGCCUGCAUUCUGCUUCCCAAUUAUAUCUCCUGGACCCGACGGAGGAGAAACCAACUUGGAGGAUACUGAAUGUGCCUGGUCGACCUCCUCGAUUUGCUUGGGGACAUAGUACCUGUGUUGUAGGAGGAACAAGAGCUAUAGUGCUUGGCGGUCAAACAGGAGAGGAAUGGAUGCUAAGCGAGUUACAUGAACUUACUCUGGCAAAUUCUUACUCCUGAAAUGAUUCAGCUGACCUGUAUAUUCUUACUACAGAAACAACGACCUUCGGUUUUCGUGGCACGGAAUGUUGGGUUGAUUGGACGAAUGUUGGACCUGAUCAAAACAGCUGAAAAAUGUGUGGCCAAGGUAUAUGGGUUUGAGUCCUUGUUGUAAGAUUCACUUUGUUCAUGAUCUGCUUGUUUAUUUGUUGCCUUUUUUACGUUUCUAGCAGCAUAUAACAACUGUUGCUUCUAAUGUACGGGGCUCUGAAAGCUUGAUUUUUUUUUUUGUUGUUUUUUUUUUUCUUUUGAAGUUGAAGAACUGA